AUGGUUCAACCGUCGAGAAUUUCUAGGCUUGCCUUUCUACAAUCGUACUUGACUUACAUUCGACUUUCCAAAACUAUAGAACGAAAUCUUUUGUUUAUUGAAUCCCUUAAGCAAAAUAUGGGCUCAACUUCUGAAACAGCAAUCGAGGGCAAAAGAGUGACAAAGCCCCAAGAUCUUGUUCGGCCGUAUGAGAUCAUCAUUCAGAACUUACAUGAAAUGAAGCAACUGCCGGGGGUAGAAUCGGAUUCUAAUUUCCUUGAUGAAGCAGAAGCAAGUAUAUUAGCUUAUAAAGCUCAUAGGUGCUUUUAUAUAGCUGAAGUUUAUGCUGCUGCAAAUAAAUGGGUUGAAGCUAUAGCUUUGUAUGGGAGAUCAGAAGAAUAUUCUAAAAGUGCUUUGAAGAAUCCAGCUUUAAAAAACAAGAAAUUGAUUGGGCUACUUAAAGAACUGUUGACAAAAAUUGAAGGGAACAAGUAUAAUGCUUACUCUUUAAGUAUUUUAGGAAAUGAAGACAGCGUUCAACCCACUGAUAGUGCAACAAAAGGCAAAAAGAAUUUGAUGGACUUGAAAUCCAUUGGGGUUUCCCCGCGUAGGUUCGAAUCCUACCGGCUUGUAAGAACCGCCGCUCGAAUUUCUAGGCUUGCCUUUCUACAAUCGUACUUGACUUACAUUCGACUUUCCAAAACUAUAGAACGAAAUCUUUUGUUUAUUGAAUCCCUUAAGCAAAAUAUGGGCUCAACUUCUGAAACAGCAAUCGAGGGCAAAAGAGUGACAAAGCCCCAAGAUCUUGUUCGGCCGUAUGAGAUCAUCAUUCAGAACUUACAUGAAAUGAAGCAACUGCCGGGGGUAGAAUCGGAUUCUAAUUUCCUUGAUGAAGCAGAAGCAAGUAUAUUAGCUUAUAAAGCUCAUAGGUGCUUUUAUAUAGCUGAAGUUUAUGCUGCUGCAAAUAAAUGGGUUGAAGCUAUAGCUUUGUAUGGGAGAUCAGAAGAAUAUUCUAAAAGUGCUUUGAAGAAUCCAGCUUUAAAAAACAAGAAAUUGAUUGGGCUACUUAAAGAACUGUUGACAAAAAUUGAAGGGAACAAGUAUAAUGCUUACUCUUUAAGUAUUUUAGGAAAUGAAGACAGCGUUCAACCCACUGAUAGUGCAACAAAAGGCAAAAAGAAUUUGAUGGACUUGAAAUCCAUUGGGGUUUCCCCGCGUAGGUUCGAAUCCUACCGGCUUGUUUCCACAUUACCUUUGUCACCCAAUUCAGCGGAUAAUUGGGAGUGCACUGUAAUUGAUAAAAAGUGA